CGACGACAUGCAAAGAGAAAGCGAUCUCUUGGGGACAGUCGGCGACUGCUGUUCACCCCAUUUUAGGGUUUCCCUGUGAGGAUAGGCGGAUCGAAGAUGAAGAUCACCGCCCUCCUCCUUCUGAGAACCGCCGGCGACUACUCCUCAUCCUCAGGGCCGUCGGAUCCGGUGGUCCUCGCUAACGCCUCCGACGUCAGCCACUUCGGCUACUUCCAGAGGAUGGCCGCCAAGGAGUUCAUCCUCUUCGUCGCUCGCACUGUCGCCAAGCGCACGCCCCCGGGCCAGCGCCAGUCCGUUCAGCACGAAGAGUACAAGGUGCACUCUUACAAUCGGAAUGGUCUUUGUGCUUUGGCAUUUAUGGACGAUCAUUAUCCAGUCCGAAGUGCAUUUUCUCUCUUAAACAAGGUACUAGAUGAAUAUCAGAAGACUUUUGGGGAUUCUUGGAGAGUUCAACAGACAGAUUCUAAUCAACCAUGGCCGUUUCUAACUGAAGCCUUCACUAAAUUUCAGGAUCCUGCAGAGGCUGACAAGUUGUUGAAAAUUCAGAGGGACCUGGAUGAAACUAAGAUACUUCUACAUAAGACUAUCGAUAAUGUGCUUGCACGAGGAGAGAAGUUGGAUAGCCUAGUCGAGAAGAGUUCAGAUCUAAGUGCAGCAUCACAGAUGUUUUACAAGCAGGCUAGGAAAACCAACCAAUGCUGUACAUUGUUGUAAAAUUGCCCGAAAGGCCUGAUUCCAUCACAGCAAUCACAAUCCAUGGUGUAAACUCCUGUUUGGAUACAUAGGUACGGUUGUAUCACUAUUAUCAUUAUUCCUUCUAGUUACUACAGUAUAUCCUGCCCCUGUAAUCUUUCUGCUAAUAGUACUACAUCGAUGUGGUUGUAUCACCGAAGUGAAGAAUUAAUGCUCUUGUUGAUCCAUAUGUGAGUGCUGACAGUCUAUAUUUGUCA